CGGGCUCGGAACUGAGCAACAACGAAACGCCGGAGCGGGCCCUUGCCCUCCUUCCUCUUCCUUCCUGCCAUCUGUCGCUGCCUCCUCUCCUUCCUUCACCCUCCUCCUCCUGUAGACCCUCCUUCUGUCCUCUGUCUCUCUCACUACUCCGCAAUGGUCCGCUACGUCCCCUUCAGCGAGCCCCUUCCCUCCUGCAAGCCCAUCCCGCGUCCGCCGCUCUCCAAGGACGAGCAGGACAAGUACGAAGCCGUGCUCGCCCACGUCAAGAGCAUCACCACCCUCCCCGUCGCCGAAAACAGCAAGACCCUUGCUCCGCUCGACGACGAGGAACAGGCCUGGCUCACAAAGGAGUGUCUGCUGCGCUACCUCAGAGCGACAAAGUGGAAGGUUGCUGACGCGAACAAGCGCAUCGAGGGCUCGAUCAUCUGGCGGCGCGAGUAUGGCGUCGGCAAGCUCACUGCCGACUACAUCUCUCCUGAGAACGCCAGCGGAAAGCAGAUUAUCCUCGGCUUCGACUUCAACGCGCGACCGUGUCUGUACCUGCACCCGUCGCGCCAAAACACCGACAAAUCCGAGCGCCAGAUCCAGCACCUCGUCUACUCGCUCGAGCGCGUGAUCGACUUCAUGCCCUCCGGCCAGGAAUCCCUCGCGCUGCUCAUCGACUUCAAAUCCUCGUCGGCGUCCAAGAACCCGUCCGUGAGCCAGGGCCGCCAGGUGCUCCACAUCCUGCAGACGCACUACCCCGAACGUCUCGGCAAGGCGCUCGUCAUCAACAUCCCCUGGUUCGUCUGGACGUUCCUCAAGAUCAUCUACCCGUUCAUAGACCCGCUCACGCGCGAGAAACUCGUCUUCUCCGAGCCCAUCGACAAGUACGUCCCGGCCGAUCAGCUCGACUCUGUCUUUGGCGGAAAGUCCGAGUUCGAGUACAAGCACGAAGUCUACUGGAAAGCGCUCGCCGAGAUGGCCGCCGAAAAACGCGCCCACUACAUGGCGCGCUGGCGCGCGCUCGGCGGCGGCGUCGGACAGUCCGAAGCGGCUCUGCGCGCGACGACCGACAUCGAGCUCGAGCAGGAGCUCAAAAAGACCGAGACGCUCGAGGCCGCUGCCGAGGCCGCGGUCGCGGGCUCGUCGUCGUCGGUUAAGCUGCCGGAGGAGAUGCUGGGGAACAACAAGACUGCCGAGGAGGCCGCGGCGGUGCUGGACGCGAACCAUCAGCUUGGCGAGAAGGCGAUGGAUAACGAGGUCAUGGAGCAGCUUAGCAAGGUUGCGCUUGAGGACAAGAGCUCAUAACCUCUCUUCUUGCCUACCUUUGACACGUUUGUUAUGUUCGUAUACGCUUCUACACGUUGCAUAUCCUGACUUUUCCAUCUACUUUUGACGCUGAUAUAUAAACUGUGCACUUUGUAUUUAUUCUCUUCUCUCUUCCCUUCUCUUCUCUUCUACUACAGUGGGUUUUCUUUUAAUUAAUUAAUUGUGUUUUUUUGUCGGCUUACAUCUUUUGUUCUUUUUGUGUAUCUCAGUUCCAGCUUCUUGUACCUUUUUCUCUAGCUUAGAAUUACAUCAACUCUCAUCUCCAUC